GCGACGGGCGGCGGCAUGGACUACCUGACCACGUUCACCGGGAAGAGCGGCCGGCUGCUGCGGGGUACGGCCAGCCGCCUGUGGGGGCUCGGCGGCGGCGGCGAGGCGCGGCAGGUGCGCUUCGAGGACUACCUGAGAGAACCGGCUCCGGGCGACCCGGGCUGCGGGCCCACGGAACACCGACCGCCGUCGCCCGACAGUCCCGAGGGACCCGAUACUGGCCAAAAGAAGACCUUAGACAAGAAAGAUGGAAGGAGGAUGUCCUUUCAGAAGCCUAAAGGAACUAUCGAGUACACUGUUGAAUCAAGGGAUUCUUUGAAUAGCAUAGCCCUGAAAUUUGAUACCACACCCAAUGAACUUGUUCAGUUAAAUAAGUUAUUCUCCCGAGCAGUCGUCACUGGACAGGUUCUGUAUGUUCCCGAUCCUGAGUAUGUCUCCAGUGUGGAGAGUUCCCCAUCCCUAAGCCCGGUCAGUCCUCUGUCACCAACAUCAUCCGAGGCAGAAUUUGACAAAACCACUACUCCCGAUGUAGUCCAUCCAAAAGAAGCACCUCCUUCAUCUACUGUUAGUGGGAUCCGGCCUGCAAGAGUUGUAUCUUCAACAUCUGAGGAAGAAGAAGCAUUUACUGAGAAAUUUCUUAAAAUCAAUUGCAGAUAUAUCACCAAUGGCCAGGGCACAGUCAGUGGCGUCCUGCUAGUCACACCAAAUAAUAUAAUGUUUGAUCCACAUAAAACAGACCCCUUGGUUCAAGAGAAUGGCUGUGAGGAAUACGGCAUCAUGUGCCCAAUGGAAGAGGUGAUGUCAGCCGCCAUGUACAAGGAAAUUUUGGAUAGCAAAAUAAAGGAGUCAUUGCCCGCAGAAAUAGAUCAGUUUUCAGGAAGGGGCUUUUGCCAUUCAAAGAAAAUGACAGGAGCCGGUGCUGAGGAAGUAGACUCGAGGGUCCGUGAUGCAGGGAACGACAGUGCCAGCACUGCCCCCAGGAGCACCGAGGAGUCUCUCUCGGAAGACGUGUUCACAGAGUCAGAACUCUCUCCUAUCCGCGAGGAGCUCCUCUCUUCAGAGCUGCAACAAGACAAAUCAUCGGACGCGUCAUCAGAAUCUGUGCAAACUGUCAGUCAGAUUGAAGUAGAGCCUUUGACAGCCAUGGCAGAGUCUGCUAGUAUUCCUAACGACAGUAACUCAAACACUGGACAUUCUUCCAAUAAAGCUGGGGCUUUCUCUCAUGAAACUGAUUUAAGUAGUCUCGAAAUAGCCACUAAAGAAGGAAAUAAAGCUACAGAAAAACUCCAAGGAGCCUCAGACCCUAAAGAACAGGUCCCAGAUGUAAAAGGUCGCAAUGACCAGGAUUCUUCCCAGCGUGAAAAUUCACGCCCACAAGAUGGAGGGGAAGAAAAUGUACCUUCUGGAGAAACCGUAGAACUUAAACAAAAGCAAAGUGUUCAGAAGAGUAAACGAGGGACGGAGCAGAAGCGGGACUCAGAGACAGAAGUGGAAGAGCUGCGCAAACUCUGGAAAAGUCACUCUAUGCAGCAAGCUAAGCAGCAAAGGGACACUAUUCAGCAGGUGUCACAGAAGGAAAGUAAACAGGAAAGGACACCUGCGGAGGGACAUGCAGAUGGCUCUGCACUAUUAAAGGAAAAGAGACGGCAUCGACUACAUAAAUUCUUAUGUCUCAGAGUUGGAAAACCGAUGAGGAAAACAUUUGUCUCUCAAGCAAGUGCUAUGAUGCAGCAGUAUGCACAAAGAGAUAAGAAACAUGAAUAUUGGUUUGCAGUGCCACAAGAAAGGACAGACCACUUGUAUGCCUUCUUCAUUCAGUGGAGUCCAGAGAUAUAUGCAGAAGAUACUGGUGAAUAUACCCGAGAGCCUGGGUUUAUAGUAGUCAAAAAGAUGGAAGAGCCCGAAACAAGUGAAGAUCCUACUGGUGACGCGGCAGCCAGGGAGUGGGAGGUAGUGUCAGUGGCUGAGUACCACCGCAGGAUCGACGCUCUAAACACUGAAGAACUGCGCACACUCUGCAGACGCCUCCAGAUUACUACAAGGGAAGACGUACACUCAAAGCAGGCUGCUCCAGCAAAGGCAGACCUGGAGCCUGAAUCUUUCCGACCAAACCUAAGUGACCCCAGUGACCUCUUACUGCCCGAUCAGAUUGAAAAGCUUACUAAGCAUCUUCCACCAAGAACCAUCGGCUAUCCAUGGACUCUUGUGUACGGCACUGGGAAGCACGGCACGAGUUUGAAGACCCUUUAUCGGACAAUGACAGGUUUAGACACUCCAGUGCUGAUGGUGAUUAAAGACAGUGAUGGGCAGGUGUUUGGUGCGUUGGCAUCGGAGCCAUUUAAAGUAAGUGAUGGCUUUUAUGGUACCGGAGAAACAUUUGUUUUCACAUUCUGUCCAGAAUUUGAGGUCUUUAAGUGGACAGGGGAUAAUAUGUUUUUUAUCAAAGGAGACAUGGACUCAUUAGCAUUUGGUGGUGGAGGAGGAGAAUUUGCCCUUUGGCUUGAUGGAGAUCUUUACCAUGGAAGAAGCCAUUCCUGUAAAACGUUUGGGAAUCAUACGCUUUCUAAGAAGGAAGAUUUCUUUAUCCAAGACAUUGAAAUCUGGGCUUUUGAAUAAACACAGUGCUCUCGGCCAUAGCAAGGCAUGGGCCCAAACCUGAAUGAACAAGGCACAGUUUGGAAUGUUCGAGAAGCAAUACAAUUAACAUGUCACUCGUGCUUUAAAAUCAGUCUGUCCUGCCGUUUACUAUAAUUUUGGAGUUUAUUUUUCAAAUCAUGUUUCUGUCCCACAGUUCUUUUGUUUACACAGUGGCCUGGGUUCCUGUAGUGUGACAGCUGGGUGGAGCUUUAGUCAGCACAUUG